AUGACCAGCGUUUGCGAACACAAGGAGCACAUUGGCUGCGCCUUGACAGCGCUGCCGAGAUGCUGCUCGUGCGUCGACAAGAGACCACUCGCAACUGCUUAUCCUAUCUAUAUCGAUGGCAAGGGCAUGAAACUCCAGGGAAAGCGCUGGCAACGUUACUGCUGGAAGUGCCGCGAUUAUUGGAAUUUCGUAUCAGACAAUUCAUCGGCUCACUCGCUACCUCGCAACCCUGAUCCUUCAGAUAUUCCUGUGCAUAGUGAACCUAGCACUCUCCAUACAGACAACAUGAGCCAAACUCCACAUGGAGUCCGUAGCGGGCAGUCAAAUCGACGCAACAGAAAUCGACAUUCCCAUAGAGGCCACUUCCACGGACAUCCAGACAGAGCAAUCCCCAACCAAUACGCAGGGACCAACAACCCACAUAAUCACAGUGUUGCGCUGCCCACAGUGGCUUCACAGCAUGAUCGGCACAUGGAAGCAAACCAACUGUAUGGUUGGAACGCCAACCAUCGUCAGCCUCCUGACGGCAAUCUUCCGAGGCUUUCGAACAUGACCUUCCAAGAUCAAAAUGCCGCAGCUGAGAUUGGUCCAAACAGUCAAGGGAACGUACAAGUAAAUAUACCGCAGAUUGUUCAGAAUUCCCUCGAUCAUUUCGGCUUGACUGCAGCAACAAUACAAAGCACUCACCCUUCCCUGCCGAUGCAAGUAGCUCCUCACUGGCCUGCUGAUGCCAAUAUCAAUCAUCCUCACGGAAACAAUGAAAUCAAUCCUCAACAUCAACCGGCCUAUCCUGGGUAUAAUCAAUCAGCCCCAGCUCAUCGACAGGCUCGACGGCCAAUCACAAAUCCGUUUGGUACGAGGGAGGAGCUUGAGUCCGAGGACUACCAAAGUCCGUUGACAGCCAUGUUUGGCCGGUUUGAGCGGAUACGAGAGGCUCGUGAAGCUCAGCGGGCUAUGCAUUCACGAAGACAGGUUAGUCGCUCUGAAGACGCAUCCAGUCCACUCAGGUCUAAUCUUCCACCGGCUGGUGUUCCCUCGUACCCCCAGCGCACAACAGAGCCGCCACCUGUGUCUCAGGACAAUGGACUAAGGUCUCGGCGUUUUUGGAUUUCUGACCAAAUCCAUGAUUUGCUUCUCAACAGCACAGCUAGCCGGAGUUCUGUUGCACACGGCCCGACUUCGAUGUAUCUGGAUGAUACAGAGGACGAGGACGACUGGGCGCCAAACCCGAUUGACGAGCAAAAGCGUGGUGACAUCCUUGAUCUUAAAGAGAUGGAUGUUAGCAUUGCAUGUCAAAUCUGCAAAGAGCACAAGAUGGAUACUCUCCUGGAGCCAUGUAUGCAUCUGGCUAUCUGCCAUUGGUGCUCUGAGCUCACCCGUAUAACGGCCCAAAGAGCCGAUCGCACCUGGCGUUGUCCUAUCUGUAGAGGCAAGAUUCGUGGGUGUAGAAAGGUGUUCCUAGUUACAAGUGAGAAACAUAGGCAGGAUGGGCCCGACGAUCCGUCAGAGUCCAGAGGGGACGAGGGAUCAAAACAGAAAGACGAUGCAGCAAUGGUUUUAUGA